AUGGAAGAAGAAAACACUCACACUAGCCGUAAAUUAAACGGCGACGGCUUACUUCACCGCCAAUCAUUGCCGGACGAUCUCAUCAUUGAGAUUCUCUUAAGGCAUCCGGUGAGAUCUCUCCUGCAAUUUAAGCACGUAUGCAAAUCAUGGAAAACCCUAAUCUCCGAUUCCCAAUUUGCAAAGCGACACCUUCAUAGGUUAACCAUGGAUCCAAGCAUAACCAACCUUCAAAUUAUCUUUGCCAGUGAAUUCGGAUUCGGAAGAAUUGUAUCUCUCCCUUUGAAGCCAUUGUUGGAAAAGCCAUCAGAACCUAUUAAAGCAGUUGAAAUCGGCAUGGAACAGUACAGGUUCAGUAUUCUUGGAGAAUGCAAUGGGUUAGUGUGUCUGCUGGAUAUCACUCAAGGUUAUGUUACAUUGUGGAACCCUUCAACCAGAUUCAAAUCCAAAAAAUCUCCAUCCAUUGGUAAAUGGAGGGUCGCAAAUUAUGGUUUUGGGUAUGACCAUGUUAAUGACAAGUACAAGGUGCUACUAGAUGUACGUCCUCACGGUAAUCGUAAUAAUCACAAUGUGAGACUUUAUACUUUUGGAGAAAAUUCUUGGACAACUAUCCAGAAUUUUCCUUGUCCUCCCACUGGAUUCACAAUCAUAGGUAAAUUUGUGAGUGGCACUCUAAAUUGGGUAGUUAGCCGGGUUGGUGAUUAUGAACAAACUACAAUACUUUCUUUUGAUAUUGUGAAGGAGACUUACAGCGAAAUAUUACUGCCUCAAAAUCAAAAACACGAUGGUCGGAGGGAUUCCGAACCUAAGCUUGGUGUUUUGGAUAACUGUCUUUGUCUGUGUUUUGACAUUAAUACUCAUUUGGUUUUAUGGUUGAUGAAAGAAUAUGGAGUUGUUGAGUCAUGGACUAAACUGAUGAUGAUCCCUGCAGAGCAUUUAAGGAAACAUGUAGAAUGGCCAAUAAUAUUUGUCAUUGAACCCUUGUUCAUUUUUGGAAAUAAUAUUGUUCUACUGAGAACAAACUACAAAUUUUUGCUGUAUAACUUAAAUAAUGGUAAGAUAGACAUUCCUUUGAUUUCCACCUCGAUUAGAAGGAGUCCACAUCUUUACCUUGAGACUCUUAUAUCACUGCCAUUGUAA